AUGAACUUUCUGCUAAAACUCUUCACCAUAUUUCAAUUAGUGCAAUCAUGUUUGUGCUUUACUAUCGGUCCCCAACCAGCAGUCUCCCUAAAUCGCCAAACGACGACAAAGAAUGAUGAUCGUGGAUCUUCAACGUUGAAGCACCAUCCCGAAUCUACCGGUACCGACACCACUACCCCAGAAUUGAAGCUAUCCGAAUCUGAACAAAACGUCUACAAUUUCUUGGAGGAGUUGCACAAUUCUGAUUUUGACUUUCGAAUCGUCGUCGUGGGCAAUGGUGCCAUUUUGGAGACCACGGCCCCUCUCGGACCAAACAUGAAAGUUUCCGAAUCCCCAGCCACUCCAGGGCAACAUCUCGUAACGUUCGCCUCCGAAGACGCCUCGUUUGAAUUCCAUGUCAAAAUUGGACAAGUCUCAAAGGUUGCCAUCGUAGAAAAGAAAGUUUCGGACAUUAAGACUCUAAGGAUUUUGCGGAUGAUCAAUGACGAUACGGGGAAAUCCAUUUGCUCGCUCAUUUUGGCGGAUCAAUCUUCCGAGGCGGCGGGAUGGUUUCAAUCCAUGAUGGCAAAGCAUGGGUCUGAAAUGCAGUUCUAG